AUGUUGCUCCGCCUCAGUCCAGCACUGUACCUUCAGGCCUCCACGCCGACGUUUCAGAUCUCAUCAACAGACGCAUACACAUGGCACGCCUCGAUCAACGUCGACGACAUGGGCGCCGUACAUCACGCGCCAAUGGCAAAGGAGAAGGCCCAUCAGGGCAAUGGAUAUUCACCGAUGUCUACCUAG